GUCACACACAGUUAUCGAUCCAAAACUGAAUGGAAUGAGCCGCGAGUCCAUUUCCCGACGCACCCAUUCACCCAUUCCUUGUCAGGUCCACCGACCCGCACACCAUGCAAUGCAAUGAGCCACAGGUAGCCAACUAGAUAAACGCCCCCGCACUGCACCCACCCACCCAGUCACAGACUAGCACAACACACAACACACACAUGUCAGGCUAUCUGUGUGCAUCAAUCACAUCAGCACGGUUGUCGGUCUUCCUUAGACAUUGAGGUUCAAUGUGCAGAGGAAGUCGUCUAUCUUGGAGGCGCACAUCUCAUACACCGCCCUCUGCGACUCACGAUCCUUCGUCCCCCCUUCCCUCUCCUGCACGUCCUCUUCAUCGUCUCUCUCGCUACUCGCCGCUCCUGCCGGCUCUGUCGGUCUCUCUGAUGGCUGCGAUGGCGGUUGCCUUUCGUCUUUGCUCGAUGCUGCCGUUGGUAGUGGCGGUGCUGAUGACGUGGAUGGCUCACUGGGCAGUGAGUCUGUGGGUGCGGCCUCCCUGGCGUCCUUGUCGGCCGCCGGCCUCUCCUUCUUGCCUCUGCGUGUGCUGCCGCCGCCCUUGGCCCGCUGUCGGUUGCCGGCCGUGGGUGAGGUCUCCUGCUGCUCCUCUUUGCUGAUGCCAUAGAUGUCAGCCAACGCCUCCUGAUGGGCGGGCACACACACAUACGCACAGCAUGAGCCAAAUGUGGUCGGUGUGUCCCUCUCUGUGUGGUGGUGGGGGUGGCGUCACCGAUGCGUCCUCACUUACCAUGAUGUCGUCAAUCACGGGGAUCGUAUCGACGUCUUCUCUGUUCUGGAUGGUCGCCGCAGAUGCCCUAACCAGACGGACAAAGUCCUGGUGGCACGUGAGACGCCCCUCAGCACUGGAGGGUGAUGCUGUUGGCAGGGCGGAGCUCUCGGGGGCCGAGGGGUACAGCAGACUGUCCAGAUUGAGGGCCAUGAACCGACUGGCCUGAUGCAGAAGACGGUCCACCUGCAAACAGACAGGAACGAAGGAAUGACGUCAGGAGAUAUCGGCUGGGUGGAUGGGUGGAUGGCCGUACUCGAAGUAGGUCUGAGAGGUGAUACAAUGAACACACAUUUCCGAGGGUGAUGUGGCACGCCAACACGCUGCCACACGUCGCUUUCAGACCUGCAGACAUGGUCAAGCGUGUUUCCAUGAUGCGGGGUGCACACGCGCCUUCCUUCCCGCACCCACCAGGCAGCAUGUAUAGGCUUGCGAUGUCGAGCAGCUCAAUCAGUGCCGUGUCGCACUUGCGGAAGGCCGCCUCAUUCAGCUCACAACGCACCUCGUGGUGCAACACCGUGUCCGUGUACAAAUACUGACAGACAGACAGACAGACGGACGGACAGGCGGCCACCGCGUCGUCACAAGACGUCUCCCGCCUUUCUCCUUUGAGCGUCUUCACCACGCACCUCAAGCAGCAGAGAGAACCCCAGCAGUGAGACGCUAGAGAGAUGGACAGUGAGCAUCGGCCGCGCCGACCACUUGUCCGCAUCUACCGCCAAGCGGCUGUCUUGUGUGGUGUUAGAUGAGAAGCUCCCCGACUGUGAGCUGCCGGCCGACACGUUAACACCCACCGCCCCCGCGGCCCCCACCUCGCAGAAAUGUGACGCAAACAGUGUCUGGAAAUACUCAGCACGGGACUGCACAACAGAACACAACACCAGAGGCACCGUCCACACAGGCAGUCAGUCAAGUCGUCUGUGGAUCGCCCUGCCCUCUGCCGUACCUCAAACAUCAAUCUGUGGCAUCUGAAUCGCAUCGGUUUCUCCAGCUCAUUGUGGACCUCCACGGUCAGAUCGCAGGUCGACAGCAGGUCACCGUGAAGGGGUGGCGAGCGGGGGCUGCCGCGGUGCUCGUGGCUGGCGUGGGUGAGGAUGGCCUUGACCACUGGCCGCAUGGCCGAUGCCAUGGAGAAGGGGUAGGCGGGGGAAGGAUCCAGGACUACAGACACCGGCCGGUGUAGAAGCUUCUUCUGUCAUAUGGGCACACGCACACACACACACAGCCGCCAUGAGUGAGUGUGUGCCCGGCGAAUGGAUCAUCCAUCUCAUCUCCCUCACCAUGUGGCCUUUCUGGAAUUUCUCCCCUACUUGCUGUAAAGGCACACACGAUAAACGCACCUUAAAGGCAUGCAGACACGCCCACCAAUCAGUGUUCAGGGCCUCGUUCUCACCUUCUCCUCGAGGACGGCCUUUUUGAGUGCGUCGAGCUUCAUGAUGUUGGCGGCCUUCAGCACCUCGGGCACACUCGCCAGCGGCACCUCCAGCCUUUCAGUGUACAGCCACUUGAUGACCUCUGCACACACACAUACAAUACAAUACAAUACAGCACACACCGAAUCCAUUUGGAUGCACUGCGCAUCCCAAUUCUUGCUCCACCUCACCGAAGUAGGUCGACCAGGAUAUGCUGUACCUGCAGCAAUCCACCCACACAGGCACAGCAACUUCAUAGGCGCACCAAACAACCGGCCAGACAGCUCCGUCUUGGCUCACUUUGAGAGGACGUUGAUGACGCAUCGCCUCCUGUGCUGCUCCUUCUGCAGCGUGCGCCUGAGGUAGUGGCUCCUCGCCAUGAGCACCAGCUUAUGCGCGUGGAUGAGGCCCCUCUCGCCCGCCCCGCUCUCCCAUCCAUUCUGGCCCUCCAGCUCCUCCACAUGAACGCGGAACGCCUCGGACGAGGGCGACGCGCGUGCGAGGAAGGUCGGCACACCUUGACCGGCGACGGUGAAGUGCAGAUCUGCCAGCGGCGACCUCUCGAACAGCUCUCGCCAGGUCUCCGAGUAUCGAUCCCGCUGCGCCGACGAGGUCGUCUGCUUGUACUGGGCAAGCAGGUUGCGGAUCUGAUCCGUCAGGGCGCCAUACAUGCAUCUCUCGCCGUCAAAUGUGCCCGGCUGACACUUGGCGCCUUUCUCCAGAAGAUACAUGACGGUGUCCAGAUGGCCGGCGAAACACGCAUAGUACAAAGGCGUCGCAUCCCAUUGGUCACGCACCUGCAAACAAGCAGCACACAACGGGCAACAAGUGUGUUCGGUUCGGGCUCUGAUGUGGCGUGUGUGUUUGUGCGGUUACUUACAUUGAUGUUGUAUUUCUCCUCCUCCACAAAGUGGCGGACCAGCUCCAUGUUGCCGGUUCUGCAGGCGAUGCAGAAGUCAUCGAGUCUGUGCGGCUUCUGUUGCUGGACCAUCGCCACUCACAAACUCCUGGCCCAAAAAUGCUCUCUUGCCCCAUCUACGUAUACACGGCAGCGAUGUUUUCCCUUUUGCCGCCGAAUACGACGACACAACACCUUCCACGCCGCCCCUGUUGCGAAAACCUUUUG